AUGGCCACCCCGAAGCGGUUUCCAACGCUGGUGCAGCUGGAGCAGUGGGAAGGGACGCUAUUCCAGAUGCUCAGUAACAUCACCAAGAGGCCCUACUGGUUCCACACCGAGUACCUUAACAGUCCGAAGGCAGUUCAUCUUGAGGCGUGGCUGGUGGAAGCGAUCUUUGGCCCGGGCGGAGAGCACAUCCCUCACGUCGAGUGUGUGUCGCAGACCCUGCUUCGCAUUAACCAGUGGGACCCUGAAGGCGAGGCUGAGAUCUUGAUAUUUGGUCGGCCUUCUUAUCAGAAGGACGUGUCCGAGAUGAUCAUGAACUUGGCUUACUACCACCGCCAGCUCCGGAGGCAAAGCUCAGGGAGGAUCGCUGCUCAAGAGACCGAGACCAAGAGCUCCCCGGACGCCGCCCGGGAGGCGGCCACCCAGCGGUCCCCCGACGGCGCCCGGGAGGCGGCCACCCCCCGGUCCCCCGACGCUACCCAGGUCCCAGUUCCCGGGUUAUGA